AUGGCCGCCAACGAGAGCUUGCCCUUAUUUGUGGCACAGGAAACGCUUUGCACCUAUCCCAUCAGCACCGUGUACAACAGCUGCCCGCGAUACUUGUAUUACGCGCUUCUCUUUGUCUCCUGCGCGACGCGGUGGCGGGGAUGGCUGACGGACGUCUUUCUAGGGACGGCAGCGACGUAUGCCGGAACGGCGGCCAUCCAGGCCUUCAUCUUGGUGGCUAGUCGAAAGCGUGUCCCCGAGGCGACGACAGUCUCGAUUCCCUCCGUGUCGAAUAGCACCCCUCUAAUCGACGACUUUCAAUCGAUAGUGACAAACCAGACGCAAGUGUCUGUUCGUCCAUCUACCCAGGACCUAGACGGCGACGCGGUGCUGGCCAUCGUGGUGACGGGGUAUCUGGUCUUUCUGCCUUUGCAGUGCUGGUCGCGCAGUCUGCAAUACAAGCGCUCCAAGUACGUGGUGAUCUUUCUGUGGAACUUGAUGAUGCUGGCGGGCACUAUCUGCGCACUGGUCUACUGGCCGACCCUGGAGAGGACGCCCACGCAGUACAUGUUCUGCAACGCGUUGUUUCCGCCGGCCGACAUGAUCUCCAGCGAUGGGUGGCAACCCAAACUAUGGGCGUCGACGUGGAACGAAACCGUUUGGAGCCUGUUCAGGAAUGAUUCACGUCUGCAAGAACUCGAGAGUGUCUGCUUCUAUCCGUGCUUCAACACCAGUCAGGUGCUGCGACAAGCGACCGCUCUUCAGGCCAGCGUGGCCGUGGACGGGCUGAGUGACACGUCGCAGCGCGGUCUCUGGAGCAAGGUCACCUAUUCGAAGAGCUACAUUUAUGCCCUGAUCGCCAUUUCGGUGGGCCUCAACUUCGUCCUCAUGACAUUUCAAUUCCUCGCUUAUCCGUCAAGAAUCCCAUCACUCCACAUGUCCGUCAUCUGGAAGGAACGGAAACAAAUAUAUUCGGGUAUCACGGAAGAUCUUCGACAGUCGCUGAUCGAAGCCCGACGGAUGUUGGCACAAACGGACUCCCAAUUCCGUUUCGUGAAGGCCCUACGCCUAUAUAGAUUGUUCAGCCCGCGGUCCUUACGACAUUGGAUUCUUCCGAUCAUCGAUAUCGCCUACCUGAUCGCUUUUGGACUGAGCGUCGUGGCCAGCCCGUUCACGGCGAUCGCAUUUGUGGUCUGGAUCGAAUGGUACAUCCGCAACGACGGACCGCCGCAGGAGAAUAUCCAGCAGGUCGGCCAGUGGUCGCCUCUCGUAGCACUGGGGCUGGUCUUGAUAUCGGCAGGAAUUCUACGCUUGCGACAUCAAGUUGCCUCGACCGAUGAAUUAGACCACGAAAUAACCAAGACGCGGUCGGAGUUGGAGAAGUUAGAGGACUUGAGACGGGUGCAGUCAGCCAAGCUUUCACGGUCUUCCAAUCUGGCAGUCUAG